CUGAAAACUCAUUCAAAAUCCUUGAUCUCUCACUCUAUGCACGAACACCCCUAAAUUGGGUGCCUAAACUUCGCAUCAUAAUCCACUGCCCUCAUUUUCUCCGACUAUCGGUCGCGAAACAGCCCGAACUGAAUCCGUGAAGCAAUGUCUCGAUCCUUGAUCUCUCACUCUAUGCACGUUGCAUCACCCGCCUCACGUAAGAAACCUGAUUUUCCCAUCCUUCACCGCCCAUCCGCCCACUUUACGGCCAGUCUUGGUCCGCAGCUCCGGCUACCGAUGUUCCUCCGAUCAGCUGCCAUCCCCGCUAGAAGCUGCACUGCCCUCGCAUUUGACUUUAAAGGUGGCCUAGGCAGAAUGGUUGGAUUACAUGAAGUUGAACUUAAAGUGCGGGACUAUGAAUUGGAUCAAUAUGGUGUGGUAAACAAUGCUGUAUAUGCAAGUUAUUGCCAACAUGCUCGGCAUGAACUUCUGGAAAGAAUAGGUGUAAAUGCUGAUGCAGUUGCACGCUCUGGUGAUGCAUUAGCACUUUCAGAGCUUUCACUUAAGUUUCUUGCACCUUUAAGGCCAAUUCUAGAGGCUAGAGGUGUAGCAGUUUGGCUCAACAAAAAUUAUCGCCCGGUACGCAUACCUCCGGAGGUCAGAGCCAAAUUUGUUCGGUUCCUUCGCGAGGAGGAAUAAGACUAACACUUGCAGUAAAGGGGCUCUUAUAGUUCUACCAUAGAUUUUUGUAAUCUUGUGAUGUAAGCUUGUAAUUUUGGGUAGGAAGCCUAUACUUCAACCUUCAUUCUUCUAAAUGUGUUUAUAAAAAAAGAAACACAUUUUUCUUAUUUUACUUUAUCAAUUCAAUAUCAAUCAAAGAAACCCAUUUUUCUUAUUAACCGCAUCAUUUCUUCA